UUUGCCAUGUACAUUUGAUUUAUUCAUUAAGGAAACGGCGGAUAUAUAUGUUUCAAGGGUAUCCCAGAAACGUUUUAUUUCAAAAGAAUGUUAUGGCAACCAUGCCUAUUUCCUAUCUAGCACCAUGUUAACAGAGAAACAAAGAUCCGGCUGACCAGGGAGAGGGUAGCAGAUGGGAUUCCGGAGUUACGAAUACUAGUCGAGGAGGAAUCAGACAGUACCUUACUAUUCCAAUACAUUUGCAGAGAGGAAGACUUUAGGAAAUUGUUGAGGAAAUUUAAUAUGAACUUUAAGGAUGCAGAGGAAAUGUGCAAAUCCCUACAUGAAUCCUUUGAACAAGUAAAACAGCCAGGGCAAGGGCUUCGCAUGAAGCUGGAAACAUUGAAGACGGUGGCCCACCUCAAGUUUCGAAACUUUGAACUGAGGUUGAGACCGGCAUGUAAAACACGUGUGACCAAACACAACAAGAUGCGGCAGGAGGAGAAGGAGGAGGAACAGAGACAGUUGGAGCAAACAUGCCGGAAUCAGAGAGAGGAAAUUGCAACUAUGGGACAAGAAAUGGAUCGGAUGAGAGCUGAGAUAGCAGAAUUGAGGGAGCAAGUCAGGUCUCUGAAAGAAGGGGCCAAUACUAUUACGGCCCCUUCAACUGAAAUAGCAGAACAGAGCAGGAUCCCAAUACCAGUGGUACCUGCUCCUGCCCCUGCAACUGCCCACAGGAGCCUUUUUUCAUCUGUGGGCAGUUCGAGACCUGGCUUAGCUGCGGGAAGAGUUACUACAGCAACAACGACUGUGCGCAAGACCGCAACAACUGCGCGCAGUACCUUAACUUCUUCCCGCAGCACGGCAGCACCUGCGGGCAGCUCAACACGGACAACAUCUGCCCGCAGCUCUGCUGCCACUGCCCCCAGCAUGUCAUCAGCUGGUGGGCAGACUGCCCCCAGCACGUCGUCAGCUGGUGGGCAGACGGUCGAGGGUGGGGCAGCCCAAGGUCGGGGACAAGUCUCAACAAAACGAAAACGUCAUGAUGACGAUGGGGGGCAGGCAAAGAAGAAAGCAGCUUGGAGAUGAAAAUAGAAAAUGCCUGCCCCUCCCCCACCCCUCGACCGAACUCCCUCUUCUGCAUCUCAGCCAAACCACUACAUCGCUCUCUGAUCCAAAUUGCUCAACAUCGCUCCACACCUCUCCUCCACCACAACAUCCCUGCUUAGCAUCGUUCAACACUCGGCUGCAGUUUCCCUAAAAUGCUGCUGUGCUCUACAAUGGCUAGAGCUGUGUUUGUGUCAUGCCGGUCUCUUUGGGCCACCGUCAACCACGCCCUGGUUGUGAAUAUUGCCUCGAAAGAAACACCAGAAAGGACAUUCCCACGAACUAGAACUGACAAUUUGUUAGUGUUGUGUUCAUUUUUAAUUGGUUAAAUUUAGGUUUGCCUUUUGAAAGAUACCAUUUUUUCCAUUAAACUGUCUUCUUUCAAAAAAGAGAAUGUUCAUAGCCUUUGUGUCAUAUGUUGGUGUUCUACUGCAAACACUUAAUUUUGGUCACAACUCAACAACCACUACUAUCUUAUUCAAUCUUCAGUAAAGUUAUUUCAAAUAAUUUAUUUAAUGUUGGUACAAACAACAAUCUGGUUGAAAAUGUUUUAUUUAAAUGUCAAACAAUUUUGACAUGGAUCUUUCUUGUUUUAAAGGUAUGAUGUUCAUAAUACAAGACUAAUUUCACAUCUGUUAAAUUCAGAUUAAUUUCUGAAAUGGCCUCAAUCCAGUUGGGGUAGUUAUCUCAGCAUUUUGACUUGACUGCAUAUAUCUACAAAUGCAUUAUUUUACUUUGUUUAUUUGCCUAAAGCAGAUCUUGACUGAAGCUCCAAAGUAGUAGCUGUAUGAUUUAACAGUUUCAUACAUGACCUUGGCUUCACUCAUUUUUUUAUGUUGUCUGAGCAUUGGACAAACUAAGAUUUAUUUGAAUCUUUUAUUGAUAUUUAAUUAUCAAUUUGUACAUCAAUGUCUGUUCUAUUCUGACCUUAGUCCCUGUCCUGUCUCACGGUGUCCAUCUCGAUAUUGAAAACAGGGGCCCCUGUACUCCACUUAAUCCCCCUCCAAAAAUUUCUCCUGGCCCUACACCAGGCAAUUUUCAAUCCCACCAUUAUCCCGUCCAACAAAUGCCUUUCCCCAAAUCCUUUCCUGAACCCUGACCUGUCCACUGUCAAACAAACCUUCUACUCUACACUUAAGGGCCGGCCCAAAUCAUGCUCUCUUUCCUUACAGACAUAGAUGUACAAAUAGAUUAAAUGCGUAUUUGAAAUUCUUGGAAGACAUUUGAAAAGUCAGGUUGUUUAUUUUACAAAAAAAAGUGUGCUAUACCAUAUAACAAAUUAAAGAAACAAU